AUGAGUUGUGCAGCAGCCAGCCACCCCUCUCGCACACAUGCACCCUCUAUAGGCACGAAUUUCAGCGCUCUACCUCUCGCUCAAACAGCAACAAAUGACCCUGAUGAGCUGUCUCACAUCCGCAACAUCGGAAUAUCUGCGCACAUUGAUUCUGGGAAGACCACCCUGACAGAGCGCAUCCUGUUCUACACUGGGCGGAUACAUGCAAUCCACGAGGUGCGGGGAAAGGACGGUGUUGGGGCGAAGAUGGAUCACAUGGACCUGGAAAGAGAGAAGGGAAUUACAAUCCAGUCAGCUGCCACCUACUGCACCUGGAAGGACACGUCCAUCAACAUCAUUGACACUCCGGGUCACGUGGAUUUCACUAUUGAGGUGGAGCGAGCGCUGAGAGUGCUGGAUGGGGCCAUCCUCGUGCUCUGUUCUGUGGGUGGUGUCCAGAGUCAGAGCAUUACAGUGGAUCGGCAAAUGCGGAGAUACGACGUUCCACGCCUAGCUUUUAUCAACAAGCUUGAUCGGGCUGGUGCAGACCCUUGGAAGGUGAUAGGUCAGAUGCAGGAUAAGCUGCGGCUAAAUUGCGCACCUGUGCAAUUGCCAAUUGGUCUGGAGGAGGAUCACAAGGGCUUGAUUGACCUCGUCAAGAUGAAGGCCUUCGCAUUUGAGGGCCCCAAUGGAGAAACCAUCACCGAGGUGCCCAUGUCGGCGGAGCAGGCGGCGUGGGCAGCGGAGAAGCGCAGUGAGCUAGUGGAGAAGCUGGCUGACGUGGACGAGCAGCUGGGGGAACUGUUCCUGAUGGAGGAGCCGAUCGACGAGGAGACGCUGCGGGGCGCCAUCCGCCGCGCCACCACCAGCCUCGCCUUCGUGCCCAUCUUCAUGGGAAGCGCCUACAAGAACAAGGGCGUGCAGCUGCUGUUGGACGGUGUCACUGAUUACCUUCCUGCCCCCUCAGACGUCGGCAACAGCGCCCUAGAUGCUGCGAAUGAGGAGCAGCCGGUGGCGCUGCCGUGUUCCCGCGAUGGGCCGCUGGUGGCGCUGGCGUUCAAGCUGGAGGAGGGGCGCUUUGGGCAGCUGACCUACAUGCGCAUCUACUCCGGCACCAUCAGCAAGGGCGACAACGUCAUCAAUGUCGUCACCGGCAAACGCAUCAAGGUGCCGAGGCUGGUGCGCAUGCACAGCAACGACAUGGAGGACAUCAUGGAGGCGGGCGCUGGGGACAUCGUGGCCAUGUUCGGCAUCGAGUGUUCCACCGGCGACACCUUCACCGACGGCACCGUCAGGUACACGAUGACGUCCAUGAAUGUGCCGGACCCUGUGAUGAGCCUGGCCAUCCUGCCCAAGACGCGCGAGGCUGCCGGCAACUUCUCCAAGGCGCUGAGCCGGUUCCAGAGGGAGGACCCCACCUUCAAGGUCAGCACAGAUCCUGACACUGGCCAGACCAUCAUCAGUGGGAUGGGCGAACUCCACCUGGACAUCUAUGUGGAGCGCAUGAAGAGGGAGUACAAGGUGGAUGCCGAGGUGGGCAAGCCGCGGGUGAAUUACCUGGAGGCCAUCACCAAGCGCAUCAAUUUCGACUACCUCCACAAGAAGCAGACAGGUGGCCAGGGGCAGUAUGGGCGGGUGAUAGGCUACAUGGAGCCGACGCCAGAGGAUGAGCCAGAGCGCUUUGUGUUUGCGCGUGAGAUUGUGGGCAACGCCAUCCCGCCAAGCUUCCUGCCGGCCUGCGAGAAGGGCUUCCGCGAAGCCGCCAACUCCGGCGGCCUCACCGGCCACCCCGUGCAGGGGGUGCGUGUGGCGCUGACGGAUGGGGCGGCGCACGCGGUGGACAGCAGUGAGAUGGCGUUCAAGCUGGCGUGCCAGUACGCGUUCCGGGAGGCCUUCAUGCGCGCGGCGCCCGUAAUCCUGGAGCCCGUGAUGGCCGUGGACGUUCGUGCGCCCUCCGAGUUCCAGGGCACCAUCAUCGGCGACCUCAACCGCCGCAAGGGCAUCAUCCUGAAUAGUGAAGGCGAGGGCGACGACGUCGUCAUGCAGGCCCAGGUGCCGCUGAACGAGAUGUUUGGGUACAGCACGGGCCUGCGCUCCAUGACUCAGGGCAAGGGCGAGUUCACGAUGGAGUACGCUCGCCACGCCCCCGUCAGCACAGAGCGCCAGGCCGAGCUCACCGCCUCCUACAAGCGGGAGAGGGCCGCCUCCUGAGCAUUCGACCCGCCCGGGCAGCUGUCGAGUUGCUGGGCGGAUCAAGUGCUUGUGUCUCACCUAGCCCAACUGCGUCGUUUAGAUCAACUGUCAUGGACUGAGUAGUCUGAGCCUGAAGUUGGCUAGGUGCGGUGCAUAAAUUGCCAACAAAGAUUUUCUGCUCGACAUAACUGUACACGUGUGCUUCUGCUGCUAAUUAAGUAGGUAUUGAUUGCGUGCAGAUGCAUGCCGACCUGAUUGCCUUCAGGGCGUUCAAAGUUAGCCCAACUCUUUAUAUCCUUAUAAUCCAGCAAGGAUCUUAAGAAAGACGGUUUGUAUGCGC